CUGCGCAACAAGCUGUCGCCACAGGAGAUCCAGCAGUUUGCCCUCCUGCUGCGGGAAUACCGCCUGGGCACACCAGUGCAGGAGUACUGCGCCGAGCUCCUGCGCCUCUACGGGGACCGCAGGAAAUUCCUCCUCCUGGGAAUGAGGCCCUUCAUCCCCGACCAAGACAUCGGGUACUUCGAGACGUUCCUGGAGAGCAUCGGCAUUCGCGAGGGCGGGAUCCUCACCGACAGCUUUGGCCGCAUCAAGCGCAGCAUGAGCAACACGUCGGCCUCGGCCGGGAGCAGCUACGACAGCUGGUCCCUGAGCUUCGACUGGUCCCUGCGCUCCGAGUCCGAGUCCUUCAACCGCAUGAUCACGGACAUCACCCACGACAUCGAGGCGCUGGCGCGGGAUGAGGAGGAGGAGGAGGAGGAGGAAGAGGACAACUACCUGUGA